AUGUUUGCUGAGUCAAUUCCAUCAAUAUUGAAGGUUUGUCACCAGAGAACUAUCUCAUUAACGUGUGAUGAAUUUCUCAUUUGGGUGCAUUCCCUGAGCACAGAAAUAAUGUUGAUUACAAACAGUGUGACAGAAUUCAUUUUACUGGGGCUGACAAAUGAUCCAGUAGAGCAGAAAAUCAUUUUUGCAGUCUUCAUAAUUCUCUACGUUGCAACUAUGUUACUCAUUAUAGUAACCAUCAAAACCAGUCAGACUCUUGAAUCUCAUAUCUGCUUGGAAACACUGAUCCUCAUUAUGAUGUUGCACGAUCGCUAUGUGGCCAUCUGCAAACCCCUGCAUUACACAGCCAUCAUGAACAGGCGUUGGAGCUUCUGUACCUUGAGUUUUGUAAUGCUCAUGGCUUCCUACACGGUUAUCUUGUACUCACUGAGGUCUAAGUGGGCUGAUGGGAGAUGCAAAUCCCUGUCCACCUGCAGCUCCCACAUUCUUGUGAUCACCAUAUUUCAUAGCCCCUGCAAUUUCAUAUUGACCCGGCCUCAGAUCACCUUUUCUGUGGAUAAAUCAGUGUCAGUAUUCUGCACAACUGUUACUCCCUUGUUAAACCCUUUGAUCUACACUCUGAGGAACACAGAAAUGAAGAAUGCUCUGAGAAAGAUUGAGAGCCCCUAG